AUGAAUCUUGAAUUUACUGUAACAGAAAGUAUAACCCGUUAUUCUGGUAUAAUUAAUGAAAUUCAAUAUGAAUUUGAAGAAUUUACUAUUGAAAAAAGUUCUCUUGGUAUGACAAAUAAAAGAGAAAAACGUAGUCGAAUAUAUAAUGCUACAAUAAAACGAAAAGAUUACAAUAUUUUAACUCGAUACAUUCCUGAUGCAUUAUCAUUUAAUGAUUUUAUUCUUGUUUUACGUCCAUUCGUAAUGGGAUAUUAUCAAAAUGAUGAUUUAAUCAAAGCCUUUCAAAUUUUAGAUAAAAAUCACUCUGGUUCAAUUGAUAUUGAUGACUUAGCGAAUUUUUUACCAAUUAUUAAUGAAUAUGCAACUAUUGAUACUUUGAAAAAUUACAUUAGAAAAUCAGAUUUUAAUUUUAAUGGAUCUUUAAAUUAUGAUGAAUUUCGAUCACUUAUAUUGCGAGGUAUUGGACGUGAGAUGAUAUGUAUUCAUGUCUAA